CGCCUCCCCGCCCCCCGGGGGCUCGGUGAGCCCAACCGGGCCGCCGGUGAAGCCAAGGGGGGGCUGAAGGCCUCAGCCUGGGGUGUCCGGCCGCCCCCCGGGAGGUGGAGGAAGGGGCGGCAGGCCAGCCCGGCGGCGCUCGGCUUGCCCCGGGCGUCCCUGAGCUUUGGCCCCGGGAGUCGGGUGGCGGCCAGCACCGGGCCGUGCCCGUGUCCCCCGGUCUCCCCGGGGAGCGGAGGGCGCUGGCUCUGCCCCAGGCUCCAGCGGGUGCAGGCGCUCUCUGGGGGUGCCGGUCCCUUGAGCCCAAGGGCAGCCACGGGUGGUUCAAGCUCUUCCUUUUAGGGAGCUCUCCGUGUCCAACGUGAACCGGAGCCGCCCGCCUGUCUGAUGCCGCAUUGGAAGCGGAGGGCGCCGCGAUGGAGCGCGGGGAUGGAGGCCACGCUCUGUAUCCACACGUGCCUUUGGCUGGGCGCUGCCUGGCUGCCCCCGGCGCUGUCGGACACACUGGCCUGCGGUGGAGAGCGCGCUGAGCCCCGGCCCGGCCAGCUGAGCUGGGCCGUCAGCCUGGAGGCACCCGAGGAGGAGCUGGAGCAGCGGGCGGAGGAGCUGGCCCAGACUGCGGGGCUGGUGAACAUGGGCCGCGUCGGGGAGCUCAAGGGCCAUUACCUCUUCGCUUACCAGCCCGACGGCGGCCGCGCGGCACGCGAGCCCGAAGCAAUAAGGAGGUCGGUGGACACUUUGUUUGCACAGCACGACAGCGUGCGGUGGCACUCGGAACAGAAGCUCCUGAAGCGCUCCAAGCGCAGCCUGCACUUUAACGACCCCAAGUACCCCCAGCAGUGGCACCUGAACAACCGCAAGAGCCCCGGGAAGGACAUCAACGUCACGGGCGUGUGGGAGCAGAAUGUGACGGGGCGCGGCGUGACGGUGGUGGUGGUGGACGACGGCGUGGAGCACACCAUCAAGGACAUCCAGCCAAACUACAGCCCAGAAGGCAGCUACGACUUGAAUUCCAACGACCCCGACCCUAUGCCUCACCCCGACGAGGAGAACGGCAACCACCACGGGACGCGCUGCGCCGGGGAGAUCGCUGCCGUGCCCAACAACAGCUUCUGCACGGUGGGGGUUGCCUACGGGAGCCGCAUCGCAGGCAUCCGGGUGCUGGACGGGCCCCUCACCGACAGCAUGGAGGCCAUCGCCUUCAACAAGCACUAUCAGAUCAACGACAUCUACAGCUGCAGCUGGGGUCCAGAUGACGAUGGGAAGACCGUGGAUGGCCCCCAUCAACUGGGAAAGGCCGCCCUGCAGCACGGCGUGAUAGCGGGUCGCAGGGGCUUCGGCAGCAUCUUCGUGGUGGCCAGUGGCAACGGAGGGCAACACAACGACAACUGCAACUACGACGGGUACGCCAACUCCAUCUACACCGUCACCAUAGGUGCAGUGGACGAGACGGGCUCCAUGCCGUUCUACGCCGAGGAGUGUGCCUCCAUGUUAGCGGUGACCUUCAGCGGCGGGGACAAGAUGAUGAGGAGCAUUGUGACCACAGACUGGGAUUUGCAGAAGGGCACGGGCUGCACGGAGGGGCACACGGGGACCUCGGCUGCCGCUCCCCUGGCCGCCGGGAUGAUCGCGCUGAUGCUGCAGGUGCGGCCCUGUCUCACCUGGAGAGACGUCCAGCACAUCAUUGUCUUCACUGCCACCAAGUACGAGGACCGUCACGCCAAGUGGGACACCAACCGGGCUGGCUUCAGCCACAGCCACCAGCACGGCUUCGGCUUGCUCAACGCCUGGAGGCUCGUUAACGCUGCCAAGAUCUGGGAGUCCGUCCCUUACCUCGCCUCCUACGUGAGCCCGGUGCUGAAGGAGGGCAGGAGCAUCCCCUUACUCCCGCAGGAGCUGGAGGUCUCCUGGAACGUCACCACCGCCGACCUGGAGCUCUCCGGCAUGAGGACCCUGGAGCACGUGGCAGUCACCGUCACCAUCACCCACCCCCGCCGGGGCAACCUGGAGAUCAGGCUCUUCUGCCCCAGCGGCAUGAUGUCCCUGAUAGGGACCGCCCGCAGCAUGGACUCGGACCCCAAUGGCUUUGCUGACUGGACCUUCUCCACGGUGCGGUGCUGGGGCGAGGAAGCUCAGGGCACGUACAGACUGGUGGUCAGGGACAUCGGAGAUGACAGCCUGAGGCCUGGGACCUUGAAGCAGUGGCAGCUGACCCUCUAUGGCUCCUCCUGGUCCCCAGCAGAGAUGAAGGACCGGCAGAGGCUGCUGGAGGAAGCCAUGAGUGGGCAGUACCUGAGCAGCAACUUCUCCCUGCCCUGCCCGCCGGGGCUGGAGAUCCCCGAGGAGCAGCGCUACACCAUCACAGCCAACACCCUCAAGACCCUCCUGCUGCUGGGCUGCUUUGCCGUGUUCUGGACUUUCUACUACAUGCUGGAGGUCUGCCUGACCCGCAACAACGUGGGGCUGGACCUGAGCUGCCACGGCCCCGCCGCCUGCCACUGGUACCAGCAGGGCGGGAAGCACAGGGCCCUGGAGAGCGGCCUGGAGAUGGAGUCGGUGCCCCUCUACCGGGAGAAGGACAUCGAGGACGUCGAGAUGGAGUGCGAGCACCCGCCACCUGCCCGGGAGGACGAGGGGCAGGAGGGGGCCUGGACCCCCAGCCAUCCCAAACUUCCCAGCAGAGCCACGAGCUUCCAGGAGGCAGCCCCGUCCGGAGCAGGGUACCUGGGCCAGGAGGUGACAACGGGGCUGCUGUUGGAGGACGGGGAGCAGCAGCAGUGCUAGCGGGGGCUGCGUGUCCCCCCUCUCGGUACGUCCUUCCCGAGCACGGGCAGCAGAGACUUCGGAGCCCCCGGGGCCCGUGUCCCUCGGGUCCUGCGGAAGGUGGUGCUGGAAGCGGCUCGGGAAGUGGGAGGACGAGUGGUGGCAGCGGAAGGGGAGCUUCCCUUUCCCUGGCUCUGGAAAACAAAGCAAGCCUUAAUCCCGUUCCGGAGGGAGCCUGCCCCCUGGCACCCCUCGGGGCUUCUCCUCAUGCGUGGGACGAGGUCCCAGGGUGCUGCCCCAUGGCCUGAGGAAGAGGCACUUUUCCCUAAUUUCUGCAGAGCGAGCCUGGAAAAGGUGGCAGGGGCCCCACAGUGCUGUCAUUUGCCGGCCCCGCUGGGCUGGGAGGGGGCCAGUACCCACCAGUUAAGCCCAGUUUAGAAGCGGGGAGUCAUUUUGCCCGUCCCUGGCGCUGUCACCCCGCCGGCUCCUCCUCUCCCGCAGGCAGGCGAGGGAGAUGAGGGAGGAGGCAGAAGGCAGCGGGGCUUUCUCUCUUGGGGUGGGCAGGACGGGGCUGGCCCUGCCCUGGGGGGCACAGAGCAGCUCUGGCAGCAGGACUGGUGGCCAGGAGGGACGAGGCCGGGGAGGCCGAGUUGCUCUGGCAGCGGCUGCGGGGGUGGCCUGGUCGCGUCUCUCUGGGUUCUUGGUUUAUUUUUUUAAAGCUGGGGUUUGGUUUUUUUUUUUUUUAAUCAGCAAAGCCCUUUUGUGUAGCUUUCCAAAUAAAGCCUUGAAAAUCC